UGUCGCCAAUCGCUUCCUUCCCGCGAGUGACAAACGUUUGCUCUGCUUCGUUGGGAGACCGUUACUAUAAUGCGAGGUGUAGCGGCGCUGCCUUGGCAUUGCAAAACCUUGCCGGACCGACGGAUGCCUUGGGAUUCCCCCCAUCGAUACCUGGGGUUGGCCCCCAUCGCAAUUCGUUAUCGUCGUCGACGUCGUUGUUUUGGGGUCGGUAGCACGCAAACUCACACAACUACAGAUCCGCUUGUAGAGCCACAACCUGUCACACGAAACAACCGUAACCGCGCUCGGCAGUGAUCGCCGAUCGCCGGGGCUGCGUCAUCGAAACCUUGGCGCUACAGUGUGGUGCUCGUGUCCGUGAGGAGAGCGCGAAGACAACGCGAAAAGCGAAACCAGUUCUUUGCGCACCUUUGGCGGGGUACGGCGAAGACACCGAAGACACAGAAGACAUACGCACACGUCUCGCGCCUCGCUUCCGCCUGGCGCGUGCUACACCGAUGCGAAAUCAAUGUUCCGAGAGCUGUUUUGUUGAUUUCAAUGUCGAAGAACCGCCGCUGAGGACGGCACUGGCAUUAUGGGGCAGGGAAAAAACCAGUUCUCGCUCUCGUCCCAUGGCUGCGGAGGGUGAUGAUGAUUUGGACAAACCUGCGCGAUGUUGAUAUCUAGCAGAGGUGAUCAGUUCUGCGUGGUACCGUCUUCCGGACAGAGUGAAUUCUCUUCAGCGGUGUCGUCGCCAUCGGCUGCGGUGUGGUGUGUAGCGCUCUUUUAGGCAAAACUGUUCCCCAAAACUAGGUGUUAAUAUCAGUGCUAAAUGAUACACUUUGCUUCACAGACAUCACUUCACCCACGAUGAUGCUACGUACGGUUGUUUUGUGUGCUUUGUUACUGCUCUCGACCGAAUAUCCAGGUGCUAACGGUCAACGUCGUUACGGACAGCAAGAUAACGGCGGACUGGAUGAAGAUCAGGCGCGCGGCUACGGAUACAGACAGGGGCAGCAGGGAGCGCUAGCGGGCGUUGGAGCCGGUUUUGGAUACAACCCAUACUACGGCACGCAGCAGCAGCAGUAUGGGUUAGGCGCACAGCCUAAUCUGUUUGAGGUGGUGACGAAGAAUACGGCCGCCGUAUUUGAUAGCGUUAACAAACAGAUCGGGCAAACGUUCAAUGCCGUGUCGCGGCCGUUCGGUGCCGGAUUUGGAUUUUUGCCCGGAAUGUUCAUGCCUGGCAGUGGAGGAGCAGUGGGUACCGGUGCGUAUGCUGGCAACUUCGGACAGUUUGGGUUGCCAGGUGCAUCCGGUUCGUUUGGGUUUGUGCCACCCGGUCAACAUGGUGGAUUUCCUCCCGGUCAGCCUGGCGGAUUUCCUCCAGGACAUCAUGAUCACGAUCAUGGUCAUGGUCAUGGUCAUGGUCAUGGUCAUGAUUAUGGUCAUGGUCAUGAUCAUCAUCAUCAUGGUCCUCCACCAAACGGAUUCCAGGAUAAUAAGAAGCCGCACGGUGGCGAUUGGUCCCAAGGUGGUCGUCCGCAGCAUGGAGAUUGGCCACAUCAAGGUGGAUAUCAACCAACGGCACCUGGUGCUCCCACUAAGCCAGUAAAGCCAGUCCCUCCGACCCAACCACCGGCAGGACUUCCAGUAAUUCCACCGGCACCGCAGCCAACUCCACCACCACCAGCAGUUGAUCCUAAUCCACCACGUGUGAAUCCUGUCCCGCCAUCCGAUAACAAGGUUCCACCAGUAGCUCCUCCACCACCGCCUCCAGUGGCACCUCCGCCACCUCCACCACCGUCCAGCGGCAACAAUCUUCCUCCAGUGGCUCCUCCACCACCUCCACCACCAUCACCACCAUCGGACAAUAACUGGUCAUCGAACAAUGUUCCUCCGGUAGCACCACCACCUCCUCCACCACCGCCCCCACCACCAGCAGGCAAUCCUCCACCGGUACCACCGCCACCACCGGCCCCGAAAGAGGGCGUCCCACAGGAGGGCGAGGAGGACGAAAAGAACCCCGUGUAUGACAUUGACAUACGCGGAGAAUUCGAAGAGCCAAAGCCACGCGCCAAGCGACAGUUUUUCCCGAAUCUAUUCAACCAAAUCGGUGGCCUGGUAAAUACAGCCGUCAACUCGGCCGGCACCAUUGCGCAGGGUGCGCUGAAUGCAGGCCAGCAGCAGGGUUUCCCGAACUUCUUCGCCCCGGGAAGACCUCCACGGCCGCAGCAACCGACACAGCAGUCGCCGCAGUUCCCACAGCAAGCUCCAAAUAAUCCACCCCAACCACAACCGCCGUCACCGCCCCAGAAUCCGCCAACACCCCAGGAUACGAAAACACCUGAGCUGAAUCUACAAAACCUUGGACAGGACGGCAUGUACUGGACGUACGAAACGCUCGGUGUAACGCCUCCGCCAGCCGGCCGUGUGCGCCGUAACUCCGAUGCUAUCUUCUUCCCGGAGGAUGAGGAUGAGGACCGUUUCGCCAACUACAAACCGCGCCCAACAGCUCCCCCGCAAGUGCGUCCACCAGCAGCCAUUGGCUCGAAUGCCGGCUCCCACAGUCAAUCGCAGAACGUGGCGAACGGGUUCGAGCAGAGCAGCGGAUCUAACAGCCAGUCACAAACCGUCCAAAACCAGCACGGAAUCUUCAACCAAAAUGCGGCCGGCAGCACGUCGGGCAAUGUGGCGGUCGACGGGUCAUCCGGGCAGCUGAGCGCGGCCAACACGCAGCAGCAAAGCUUCCAGACGGCGCACGGUUCCGGCAGCCAGAAUCAAGCCAACAGCCAGUCGGCAAACUUUGACAAGAACGGCAAUCUGCAGCUGUCCAACUCGAACGCGAACACGAUGUCGAUCCGGGAGAAGGAUAAGUACAAGGAGCAGGCCAAUGCGGGCUCGUCCUCGGUCGUGCAGAACCAGUUCGGCCAAUCGUCCAGCAACGCGCAGACCAACUCGGAAACGUUCUUCGAGAACGGGGUGCAGGGUAACAAGAACACUGCGUCCAGCCAGAGCUUGCAGACGAACAAGGACGGUUCGGUGUCGGGCUCGCACAGUAACACCAUGUCCAACACGUUCACUGGACCGGGCGGGUUGACGGGUUCUUCGUCCUCCAGCCAGUCGUCUUCGUUUAACCAAGGAGCUAACGGUGGCUUCAGCGGAGCUACCAGUGGCGCUUCGUCAGGUGCUGGCGGUGGCGGUGCAUCGUCUAGCAGCUCUUCGGCAAGCUCGUCCGCAUCUGGGCCGCUUUCGUUUAGCAUUAGUGGAUCGUUCGCUGGGCUCCCUGUUGGGCAGGGUCCGUUGGCCAACUUUCUGCCCAAUCUGUUCCCUAAGCUGACGGGGCAGCAGCAAGUAUAUCAGGGUGUGUAACGAUAAGCAUCCGGACCGUGUGAGCGUAAGAGUUUAGUGUGUAAGAAGCGGAGGGAGGAAGAAUACAAGGGCACGCGAACUUCAAGUCCGCCGCUUUAUAGCAGGCCCACGUAAAAGACGUAAUUAUAUUUACUAAAAAAAAGAACACACACACUCAAAAUAAGAAUAUUUGACCGUAACGGUUUCUUA